CAAAGACUAUGGCGUGCCCACCACCGGCAACUCCUCUCCAGAAAUGAACGGCUGCCACUGCUGAGGGAGUGGAUAAGUCAAGAAAACUUUCCGGAUCCGCCAAGUUCUCUAUACAUCCUUUCACCCCCUCUUCCAAGAUUUAUAUUCCUGAGCCAGGCGUGGUGGCAUUUCCGGGGCCUUAAGAGGAUUUUGAGGUCUGCGUCAACUGGGAUAGCGAACGUGGAUAUUAGUCCAGAUACUUCAUUGAAUUUGUCCAGAAUUUCUCCAUAGUCUCAUCUAAACUGGCAGGUCUUCAAUCUUCUCUGGAUUCACAACUCUGACACAUCUGAAGAUUACUGUAGACCAUCUGUGACAGGGAGGAGGCUGCUGCAACCUAAGGCCUACGUGAACCGGAAACUCAGGAUUCUCAGUUUCACCAGCUCUGAACCAAAGUGUGCUGGUUCCAGAAAUCUGUCAGUGAGUUUUCACUGACAUUCUGUAGAAGCUCGUGAUCUUUGUAUCAUAUGGUAUAGUAUUGGCAUAUAAGGGAUAGCCAGUGCAUUCAGUCUGGACUCUUUCCUGUACUUUGCAGAAAGGAGAAAUUACGUGUUAUGUUAUAUUGUCUUCUUAAUUAAAGAAUUUGUGUGAUAUUUAGAAAGCCCUUUCCUAUAGUGAGGUUAAAGAAGAGCUGCCAUAUUUUCUUCAAGAAGCUGUGAGGGUAAAUUUUAUCUCAGUUGGCAAGCUGUUCUUUCCCAGGACCGUGUCUGAGUGUGUACGGGCUCAUAGUAAAGUGCCCUAGACUAGGCAUAUGAUGAUGGAAGAGAAGGACCCAUCCUCACUGUUGGAUCUUGCUAUACAGAGUCUAUUGAGCAAUGAACCUGUUGCAAUUCAUUCCCUGGAGGAGAUCCCAAGGGAGCUUUUUAUUCCAUUGUUCUCUGCUGCCUUCAUGGGAGGAUAUAGGAAGACACUGACAGCCAUGGUGAAAAUUUGGCCUUUUACCUGUCUCCACAUUGGAACAUUGAGUGUGCAGGAACCCCAGCGUGAACUCCUGAAAGCCAUGGUGGAAAGUUUUCAGUUCCUACCUGUCCAAAACUCAGCUUCUAGGAGCCCUAAACUGAGGAUCCUAGAUGUAAGGCAGGGUAUUGACUGCAGGACAACAUGCCCCGAAUUUGGUAUCAGAUCACCUACUUGCUUUCAUGGCUGUACUCACUCUGUACACUCUAUUCUGAAGUUAGAAAGUCAGUGCAGCAUUGUAGAUUCAAGACCUGAGAGUCAGCCCUCAAGGCAGCCUAUGGAAUUACUAGUGGACCUAUCCCUUGAUGGCACCUCGAGAGAAAGGGAAUUUUUUGCUUUGCUUCUGAAUAAAGUUGAGCAGAGCUCGGGGUCCUUGCACCUCUGCUGUCGAGAUUUGCAGAUUGAUAAAUUUUCAUACGCCAGAAACACUCUGAAGUUUCUAGAUCUGACAUGCAUUCACAACCUGGCAGUUGAUCAGGCUUCACUGAGUGAAGUCACUACCCUUUUGGCUCACAUGAUCUAUCUGGACAGCCUUAGUCUGUCUAAAAUCACUUGUAGGUCUUUGCACGGGAAAGUCUUCAGAGUGUUUCUCAGCUAUCUAGGGCGCAUGAACUGCCUGAAAGAGCUCAACUUGUCGUCCUUCAGCCUCACAGAUCAUCUGGCCAGCCUACUCAGAGCCUUGCCACCUAACUUGGAUUUCUUGUAUCUGCCGUUCUGUGAAAUUUCUUACCGAGAUCUCAAAUUUCUGUCCCAGAGCCCUCAGGCCACCCACCUAAAACUGUUGAAUCUUAGUAACAACGCAAUGUAUUGGGACGACUGUGGGCCCCUUCAGAUUCUUUUGCAGAAACUCUCAGAUACCUUGCAGCACUUGGCUAUAAAUCAUUGCCAUUUAACAGAUGCUGCGCUCGCUGCUAUCCUUCCAGCCCUAACUAAGUGUUCCCAUCUCCGUGUGAUUAGCUUUGUCUCUAACCCCAUUACGAUGCCGAUGCUUAUGAGAAUCCUUCAUUACUUAACACCCUUGAUGGAGCUGAAAUAUGUGAUUUAUCCUAUCCCUUUACAUUGCUAUGAACAAUGGCAUGUUCAUGGCAGCUUAGACCGGCAGAAGGUUGCUGAUGUCCAAGCGCAACUGAAGGCGAUGCUACAAGCAGCAAAGCGGAGUGACAUGAACUGGAUCACUUAUUCUCAGUAAAUCUCCAAGUUCAACCCAGUUUCACCCCUAAUAUGUUACUUGUUAAACAUUCAAUGUUCUUUUCUGGAGCUCCCACAAUCAUAUGUAAGAUUCCUAUGUUAUAGAAACCUAUAGUUAGGAAAUAGGGACAUGUAACUGAUAGUUAUAAAGCAGUAACGCUAAGAAGAAAAUGGAGAACUUUGA